AUGUAAACUUUAUUGUAGUAAAAUUUACAGAAAGUUCUAUAAACAAUAGUUAAGGCAUCAGAAACAACUAAUAAACAAAUUACAUUAGUUGCUGUAUCUAAAACAAAAACAGUUGAAUUAAUUAAAGAGGCAUAUGAAGGAGGAUAGAGACAUUUCGGAGAAAAUUAUGUAAAUGAAGUAAUUGAAAAAGCCCCUUUGUUGCCUAAUGAUAUUUCUUGGCAUUUUAUUGGUCAUCUUUAAACCAAUAAAGUUUCUACUUUAAUGAAGAUUUAAAAUCUUUAAUUCAUUUAAUCUGUAGAUAGUCUCAAAUUAGCUUAAAAAAUAGAAAAACAUUGUGAAAAACUUGGAAGGAAUAUAAAUAUAUUUGUUUAAAUUAAAUUAAGUGAAGAAGAAAGUAAGACUGGAGCUGAAAUUGAUGAAGCUAAACUCAUAAUUUAAGAAAUAAUUACUAAGUUUAAAUACAUCAAAUUAAUUGGUUUAAUGACAAUAGGACCCAUAGGUAAUACUGAAAUUUUUGUAUAAUUAUUGGAUUUGGCAAAAUAAUUUGAGAAGGAAUUUAAUCUUGAACCAUUAAAAUUGAGUAUGGGAAUGAGUGGAGACUAUUUAGAAGCUAUUAAAUAUGGAGCUGAUUAUGUAAGAGUAGGAAGUGCAAUUUUUGGAGAAAGAAAUGUUAAACAAUGAAGGAUGUUAUCAUAAUGAAUAAUACCAC